AUGAAGUUCACUACCGUUUUCGGCACUGCCGCCCUCUUCAUGGCUCCCUCUGCUGUGGCCUGGAAGCUUCCUCUCGUCGACCGAGCUGAUGGCGCUACUCCUACCGAGCAGCCAGCUCCCUCUGGCGCUGCUCCCAGCGGAUUCCCCUCUGGUGGAUUUGGUGGAUUCCCCGGUGGAGGUUAUCCCUCUGGAUUCCCCUCCGGUACCGGUUUCCCAUCUGGGUUCCCUUCUGGAUCUCCUGAGCACCACCACGGCCACCACGGCCAUGGUGGCCAGGGAGGACCCCGACCUACUGGCAUCCCCAGCGGCGUGCCUUCUGGCUUCCCCGAGGGUCCUUUCCCAACCGGUGGUUUCCCAGGCGGUGGUUUCCCAGGCGGUGGUUUCCCAGGCGGUGGUUUCCCGGGUGGUGAGGGCUCCUUCACCGGUGCUCCUUCCGCAGUGCCCACUCCUACUGGUGGUGCUGGUGAGGGUAGCGGAUUCCGUCGACUCCACGCUCGUCAGGUUCGCCCUGUGGUCUAG